CCGGCUAUUAAUACAGCUUCCUCCUCCCCCAAUCCAUCUGGUUCUUUUUCCCUUCCUCUUCAGCCAACAAAGCCUUACUUCUUAGCUCGCCAGCGUUUCGCACUUGACUUCGGUCGUCCAUUCUUUCAAAACUUUCCAAAGCUCUUCGCUUCAGUCACUCUUUCCAACAAUCACUUUUCGUUUCACGAAUAUCCAGCCGUCAAAAUGAAGUUCGCUGCCGCCGCCGUUCUCCUUGCCGCCGCCGUCUCCGCUCAGGAGGUCGACGAGAUCGUCUACACUACCCAGAUGAUCACUGUCUCCAAGUGCCCCGAGACCGUCACUGACUGCCCUGCUGAGUCCAAGACCCAGCACAUCACCAGCGCUGUCGUCCCCAUGACCACCUCUACCAUCUACCAGACCAACACCCACACCGUCACCUCUUGCGGUCCUGAGUACACUGAGUGCCCUGCUCACUCUACCGUCGUCAAGACCGAGGUCGUCGCCAUCUCUACCACCGUCUGCCCCGUCACUGCCACCCAGACCCCCGUUACCACUGCUCCUACCUGGAACAACGGCACCACUCCCGCCGUCUCCAAGCCUGCUCAGUCCACUGAGUGCCAGGAGUCCAACACCCCCGUUGUCCCCGUCAGCUCUGCCCCCGCUGCUUGCGUUCCCUCCAGCUCGGUCACUGCUAUCACCAAGAGCUACACCACCGUUCUCACCUCUGUUGAGUACUCCACCGUCCAGAUCACUUGCCCUACCCAGCCCGCUGGUGGCAACUGCCCCGGUGGUGAGAACUGCCCUCCUCAGGUUCCCACUACUGGUGCCCCCGUCUGCCCCGGCCCCAACUGCCCUCAGCCCACUGGUGGUAACAACGGCACCAUUGGCCAGCCCCCCGUCACUGCCGGCGCUGCCUCUUUCACCGGCUCUGCCCUUUUCGCCGCUGCCGCCGGUAUUGCCGCUUUCAUCCUCGCUUAAAUAUUUCCACUCGACUUUCUAGUUGAAGCUUAACAGCUUUGUGCAAAUAUUUUUACGAGAGGCAUUAAUCACUGGGGUCUUUGCAGUUGGACAUGUACAGAGGUUUAACUAGGCUCCAUUAAUAAAGCAUUUACGGCAAUCUUGGGUUGUUUUUUGAUUCUUUCGAUGUGGAUGGGUUUUAUCGCUCAGACCAAUGUAUCUAAUUCUUAAUUGUAGUCGAGGCGUUUUGGAGAUGACAGCCUCUGGAAGUUCUAGGUUUUAUUCUACAAACGGUUCUAUUUUCAACCAACUUUAUAUGACCACUUUAUUCGAUUGUCGUAAAACAAGCU